CCACUAAGCUUAGUACCUGAGCAGACUUAUUUAAGCUUAUUGCUGGCUAAUAUAUGAUUUAGAAAGCCACAUUUCCCAAUAUUUCUGCAAGCAUGACUUCUUAUUCAUCUGAUUCUGAUAAUGAUUUUGCACCAAAAUCAAAACUUUUGGGCCGCCAAAGGCCUAUUCAUUCUGUUCUAGGAGGAGGAAGAGUUGCGGACAUAUUGUUAUGGAGAGACAAGAGAUUUUCUGCAGCAAUUCUAAUUGCAGUUGCAGUAAUGUGGUUUCUUUUUGAGGUUGUGGAUUAUACCUUCGUGACUCUCCUCUGUCAUGUCUCCAUCACCACUAUGUUAAUAGUCUUCAUUUGGUCUGCUGGUGCAGAUAUCUUUGGCUGGACACCUCCAAGUAUUCCAAAAGACAUAUUACAAGAUACUACAUUUGAAGAUGUUGCUUCAAUCUUACACAAGAAGUUCAACAAUUUCCUCUCCAUAUUUCACUUUGUCGCAUGUGGAAAUGAUGCAAAGCUCUUCUUUCUGGCCAUCAUUUCUCUAUAUAUACUCUCAGUAUUUGGAAACUAUAUCAGCACCUUGAACCUUUUGUUUUUUGGUUUGCUUUGUGUGGAAACUCUCCCAUUCCUUUAUGAGAAAUAUGAAGAAGAAGUCGACGAUAUUGCAUAUAAAUUGAAGAGGCAGAUGAGAAAAAUGUGCAGGAAGUUUAAUGCAGAUUUUCUGGGAAAAAUACCCAGAGGGACAUCCAAAGAAAGAAAGCAGAAAUAGGAUGAAUUAAGUACAAAAUUUAAAUGUGGACUACUCUUGUUUUCUUGGACAUCCAAAAUAAUAAAUUUGCAAUAUGAUCAUCAAUAUACAUGAUAAUUAAGUAAUAUAAUAGUACAUCUUGUGAAAUGUA